UUGUGUGUGCUUCGUUUUUUUUUGUACGUCUGAAAUAGUCCGUUUUUGGUGAAAUUUUGAUUGGAAAAUUCGUAUUUAACUGGUGUAUCGUUCCUCAAGUGACAGUUUAGGAUGCUAGCUGGCAAUAGCAUUAUGAAACCUUUCGAUCUCCAAUUUGUGGCGACGCACUUGAAAAAAUUGCUGCGCUGCCCGAAAUGUCAAAGCGACUAUGCUCUCAAAAGUACUAAUGGAGAGGAGAACCACCGUCCCUUCCUGCUGCCCUGCGGCCACAACUUGUGCGAGAAUUGUUUGGUGGAUGACUUUAAGAGCGAGAAGAACGCGCAGUGCGCCCUCUGCUCGAAGGCAGCGCUGCCGACAGUAAACGCACAGGAUUGUACAAACAGCUACGGCUUGCCGUACCAACUGGACUACCAUGUGAUGGGCGAGCUGGCCGAACUGGAGAACAUCCGCCGCUCUUCGAUGGAUCACCUUCGACGCGUGGUCGUGAGUAAUGGAAAGAAACAGCGUCACAGCGUCUAUGUGCCAAAGUGCAGCGAGUGCAUCAGCAGCGUGGCCUCGGGCAAUUGCAAGCAGUGCGAUGCCUUAUACUGCAAGGACUGCUUCGAGCAAUGA